AUGCAACGAACAAAACGACAAGAGAAUGAUAUGGUUCAAAUUUCGAAUAGUAAUAAAAAACAGAAGUUAGAAAAUCAAAUAACAACAAUAAAUUCAAACAAAUACUGUCUUGAAGACUUAGCUAAUGAAAUUCUCUAUGAAAUAUUUGAAUAUCUUGAUGUAUAUGAUAUUUAUAAAGGAUUUUACAAUCUUAAUAAUCGAUUUCAAAAUUUAGCUAUUAAUUCGAAUAUUUUAACUAAAAUCAAUAUUUCAACAAUAUCAAAAUCAAAUUUCGAAGAUUAUUAUAAUAAUAUACUUAUACCUAAUCAAAGUCAAAUUAAUUUUCUUCGUUUAUCAAAUCCAUUUGUUGCAAAGAUUAUUUUCUCACAACCACAAUUGAUUUUAAAUUUUACUCGUCUUCAAACAGUAAUUCUUGAUAAUGUACAAGAUGAAAAUUUUCACAAAUUCUUUGAUUAUCUAAUAUAUUUAACUACCCUUCAUGCAAUAACUAUUUCUUUUGUAUAA